UUAAAAUAGUAGUUUGUUUGCUAGAUUUGCUGUGCCGCAUAGGCUAACUCAUGUUUGGUAUUCGGUCGGGUACGGUGGCCGGGAUGGGUCCAAAUUCAUGUCUUACGGAAGUGAAGAACUGUGACAGCUGAACAAGUUGUUUUGCAGAGGCUACUAUGGCCACAUCUAAAUUCAUGAGAGCCAUUAGGGUGUCAGAAUUUGGAGCCCCUUCCGUUUUAAAACUCUGCACAGACGUACCUGUGCCAAAUCCUGGUCUGAAGCAGGUUCUGAUUCGAGUCCAUGCAUGUGGCAUAAACCCAGUGGAGACAUACAUUCGCUCUGGAUCCUAUGCUCGAAAACCCAGCUUGCCCUAUACUCCAGGAUCAGAUAUUUCUGGUGUGGUUGAAGCUGUUGGGGAUGGUGUUUGCCUUCUACGGACAGGUGACAGAGUCUUCACCACAGGCACAGUAACGGGAGGAUACUCUGAGUUUGCUGUGGCCUCAGAGGACACUGUUCACAAGCUUCCUGAUUCCCUAGACUACAAACAGGGUGCAGCUAUUGGAGUCCCAUAUUUUACUGCAUACCGGGCGUUAGUUCAAAAGGCUCAUGCCAAAGCUGGUGAGGCAGUUCUUAUCCAUGGAGCCAGUGGUGGGGUAGGCAUUGCUGCAUGUCAGAUUGCACGAGCAUUUGGCCUUAAAGUUCUGGGUACAGCAGGGACAUCUGAGGGUAUGCAGCUGGUGCUCAGCAAUGGAGCUCAUCUUGCAUUCAACCACAGAGAAAAGGACUAUUUGGAUAAAAUUAAGAAUGCUACCAGUGGGCAAGGCGUGAAUGUAAUCAUUGAGAUGUUGUCCAACAUCAACCUCAGUAAUGAUCUUCAGUUGCUCGACCAUGGCGGCAGAGUAAUUAUCGUUGGUUCUAGAGGCCCUAUUGAAAUCAACCCCAGAGACACCAUGAUGAAAGAGACCAGCAUCAUUGGUGUGGCUUUAUACAAUGCAACUAAUAAUGAAACAUCAGAGUGUGCCGCAGCUCUUUUUGCAGGAAUGGAGACAGGAUGGUUGAAACCUGUCACUGGUCCUGAAUAUACACUUGAUAAAGCAUCCCAGGCUCAUGAAGACAUAAUCAACAGCCCUGGAGCCAGUGGAAAGAUGAUUUUGAUUAUCUGAAAUUAUGCAGGAAAUCCAAUGCAAAAUAACUAAACUGUCAUUGCAUUAAAUGGAGUGUCUUAUUUUGUGUUCAAAGAAGAAAGAAACUCAUACAGGUUUGGAAUAAAAGCCUCACAUUGUUCCAACCCUGUAUGAAUUUCUUUCUUUGCUGAACACAAAUGGGCAUGGUUUGAAGAAUGUGGGUAACCAAACAGUUGAUGCUAGCCAUGCUAAAAAAAACGAUGGAAGUCAGUGAUUACCAUCAACUGUUUUUUGCUGAAUACAGCUACAUGCUAUUUUCAUGUAUGAAUCGCAGAUAUGAAACGCAUAAUAGAGACCUGUUUUUUGGAAAUGAAAUUAAAUAAACAGUUUAAUCUUCAA